AUGACCGCAGCCGUCAGGAACUUAUGCACAUUCUUUCUCGCUGUUAUGCUUAAAUACCAUAUUUUGUAUUUUAUUCUUUGUCGGGGGGAUGCCUCUGGCGCUAAACGUUCUGAGGCAAGUUGGCACGAACGUCUUAGCAGGGAUGUAGGAUAUGAAGAGCAGCAGGGUGGCUUUCCAUUGACGGUAACAUUCCCGAGAUACACCCACGGAAACCCGGCGUUGCAGGAUGAGACAAUAACGUAUCAAGGGUCUGACUGGCCGGGAGCACAGGAGACUGUAGCGGGCGGAAGCGGCGCGACGUCGUUCACAGAGGAUUAUUCUCUCGCUUCUGUUCAGCCCAGCUAUGAACCCCCCCAAGCAAAACGCCCAGGAAGCUCUUUACUAUCUCUGGCGAAUAUUUUGCAGAGGUCGAACCCCCCGUUGCGUUCGGCACUGCUUCGUCAGUUCCUUUACUCCCUUGCACGUCUCAGGACGCGUUAUGUAGGGCUUGGCGGAAGCGUGGAUACUACGCAGGCACCGUUCAACAGGAAGAAUGCUGGGUCCAAUAAGGAAGAAUUGCAAGCCGCUACUGAGAGGCAAACUGCAGCUUUGGCUGCCAAGCUUACUGGCGUUAUUGGAGCUGCUGGGGACCCUACUAACUCAGACCAGACGUUUGCAAAGUUUCUAUUGGUGCCUUUUGGGAAGCUAUUACAGGAGGCAGAAGGGCUUUUGUCUGAUAUUGCAAUGCAAGGCGAUGCGACGCAGAUGAUCAUUGCGUUACACCGACUCGCUCCCCCUAUUAUACAAGGCUUGUCUUAUCUGGAAGCUCCUCAGAGCCAAGGCGCCUCAGGGGUUUUGGAGCCAGUCCGUGAUCAUUGUUUGAAGAGAGUUAAAGAGCUGGAUAAAGCACUAUUGGAUGCACAGGCUGACCUCGAUGGAGUGCUGCUUGCGUAUCCCAGAGACUUUGAUGCUUAUGAACUGCAAAGAGAAAAACAGUUAGCUGCUUUAGAAGGAGGCCAAGAACAGGAUCCGUACAUCCCACCUGUCUAUGCGACUGGGAUUCGCCCGGACACAAAGGCGGAUAGACAGCGCAAGGGGGCAAUCAUGCACUUCUUUUUUGCAUUUCUGAUAGUCUUCACGAUAUACACUGCAAUUUCAGUGCUUCCCCCGGAAGUACCUAUAAGAGCCAAGCACAAACACAGAAGACGGACGGACCACAGCGACGACGACGGGGGAGACCAAGCCAACGCGCAUGGGGGGACAGGUUUCCAUGAGACAGGUCAAAGUCAAGGCACGGAAAAGAUGCCUAUGGAUUCCGCAAACGCAUAUCAAGAACCUUCUUAUCCAUACAAUCAGCAGUGGGCGGGGGAGCAAGGUCAGACAUUGCCUAAUGCGUACACUCCUCCGUAUGGGGGCGCCCAAGGAGGCGCUUGGGGCGCUCAGGGGUCACCUUGGGCGCCGGGGUAUCAAGGGGAUCCCUACGGAGCGUAUCCACAUCGCGGUGGUAGUGCCUAUGAGCAAUUCCAGAACUUCCAAGAGGAACCUCGGGUUGUUCCCUCUGCCCCUCCCCUGCCCGAUCAUUUUGAAGCUCCGCCGGAGUUUCCGCCUCCGUCCUACGCGGAAGCUGUUCGAUUAGGCAGCUACCCUUAG